AUGUCGGGUGCCAUCCAAGAGCGUCUAGCACAAGUGCUUGGCCGCACCAAUAUCGCCGCACAUGCGCGCUACAUUAUUCCGGCGCUGCUAUUAACUGUGGCCGCGUCGGCGCCCUUGUUAAUAUACAAGCGGCGAUCAACAACUGCCGGCUCGUCGCAACAUGCCGGCGACGACAAUCUCUUUCCAGAUACAGACCCUGAAAGCACCGAUCCGCCGCUUCUCCAAAAACAUUCCGAGAUCAAGUCAUACCGGACCUCGCGUUUUAUGUACCCCGGUGUCCGCAUUUUCUACCGACGCCAUCCCAAAGCAGACGAGCUACCGUCCACACCUUCUCCCAUACCUCUCCUCGUCUUCAUUCAUGGUCUGGGCGGAAGCGCUGCCCAGUUUACCUCACUCCUGACUAGCUUGAUCCACAUCUCGUCAUGCUUGGCAAUCGACUUGCCCGGCUGUGGCCUCUCUGAAUAUGCGCCCAAAGACUGGGAUGCCUACAAGACUGAGGCGCUGCUCGAACUGCUCGACACUGUUAUCAAUGACUACCGCGACAAGUCAACCGAUCAAGAUGUGGUCUUGAUUGGGCAUAGCAUGGGCACUGCUCUUGCUGCGCGCCUGGCUAGCAAGUCGGUUCCCAAGCCGAUGUCCAUAUCCAGACAUGUUGUUGGGCUUGUUGCCAUAUGCCCGCCCUCGGAGCCGCCGCCGGCGAAGCAGGCCGGUCUGGCUCGUAAAUUUCUUUCGAUCCCCACACCCGUUUUGGAUCUGUACCGAGCUUGGGACCGAAGAGGAGGCUUGGAAAGUGCUAGUGUCUCUCGAUUUGUCGGCGCCGAUGCCAGCAAGGAGGCCAAGAAACUGCAGUAUCGUUUUAAUUGCCAAAGCAGAACACCGGUGUGGCGACGCAUGGCAUAUGGCUUCCUUCCUACAUACCACAAUGGGGACACCCAUGGUGGUUUUGCCGGUCGAGAGGUCUGGAAAGGGCUCAAAAUACCCGUCUACUUGAUAGCAGGACGUGACGAUCAUAUCACAAAGCCAAGCGAUGCCGAGAGGAUCCGUGACUGGCUUUUGGAGGAUGUAGAUUCGGCGGCAUCAUCUCGAGAUGGACCCGUUAUUGUGGACAGUGCUGCUCCUUUGCAGAUUCCCAUAGAGCGCCAUGAUUCCCGGAAUAAAUCUCGUAUCGAAGAUCUUACCGACGAAGACUUUCAGCGAACUCGACAUAGAGUCAGUCUGGAUGAUCCUCAGGAGGACCCCUCGACACCGCGUGAAGGAUCCACCGAAAUACCAACGUCGCCUUUGCGGCCCAGAAGGUCUGUGGAACUCGUUAUCUUGCCGCCGCCGGCGACACACGCCCUUCUCUAUGAACCGUCAACGGCGCGCGUCCUGGCUGGCCUGGUGUCGGACUUCCUAAGCACGAACGUCAGCGGUCGCCUCUCACUCGGCUGGCAGCUACAGUACCUUUCCAAGGAGGGAAAGUGGGAUGUCAAGAACUUGGCCAAGUGGAAAAACGUAGAGCCUGUCUCUGAGCCGAUAGCGGGGAUUUUCAGGGCUAUGAAGACUCUGCGCGAGGUCGAUGAGACUCACUCCCCGAAGGCUUUCGUUGAAAAUUGGGGUCACUGUAUCAAGGACAUCAUAGACAUAUCACACGACACCCCUGUUUAUGAUCCGGCGGGGCUCGAGGCUGGCGGCAUCCGAUACCACAAGUUUCCGUCUGUGUCCAAAAUACCACCUACCCCUGAAGAGGUCGAGGCCUUUGUUGCUCUGGUCGACAAGGUUCGAGCGGAGCAACGGGAGAAGUUCCAAGAAGAUCUGAAGGCUGCGGUUGCUGUACACUGCCAUUAUGGUUUCAACCGGACAGGAUUCUUCAUUGUAUGCUAUCUUAUCGAACGCGCCGGCUUUGGCGUGCAGGCCGCCAUUGACGAAUUUGCUCGUGCGAGGCCUAAGGGAAUUCGCCACCAACAUUUUCUCGAUCAGCUUUUUGUGCGCUACUCGUCACUGAAUUCUAAAGGAAAACAGAAGCUGGGAAUGGCGCCCAGCCAGUAA